AUGCGGAGGCUGUACGGGCUCGGCGCGCGGAAGGUGGCCUUCAACGGGCUGCCCCUGCUGGGCUGCAUCCCGUCGCAGCGCGUCAAGUCGGCCACCGGGGAGUGCAUAGCCCAGGUGAACAGCUACGCCGUGCAGUUCAACGCCGCCGCCAAGAAGCUGCUCGACGGCAUGAACGCCAAGCUGCCCGGCGCGCAGAUGGCGCUCGCUGACUGCUACUCCGUCGUCAAGGAGCUCAUCAACCACCCUGAGAGAAACGGGUUCACGACGUUCGACACGUCGUGCUGUGGCGUGGACACCAAGGUCGGGGGCCUCUGCCUGCCGGAUUCGACGCCCUGCCGCGACCGCAAGGCGUAUGUGUUCUGGGACGCGUACCACACCUCCGACGCCGCCAAUCGGGUCAUCGCCGACCGCCUCUCGGCCGGCAUGACGACCGCCAGCUCCGGCUCCAGCUCCUCGCGCCGGCGCGCCAGGGCCAGCCGCGGUGCCGGCUCCUUCUCCUUCUCGCCGGGCUUAAAGAUUUAA